UGGUUUGGUUACUGUGAAUGCCACUGUGGUGAAGCCUCAGUGUUGGACACAAUUAUAUUUAGAGAGAUUUGUGAUUUAUGGAGCACUUCCAUGUUCAUGAUCUCAUUAUUGCUCACAACAAAUACAUCAAGCUGGUUCCACUUGAACCAGAGAAAACACCAAAGAGUUCACAGACGCCGAGUGUUAAGGUGACUGGCUGGAGACCAUCCCAUCAUAACACCGUCACAGGCUUCAUGAGGGCGGAGAGUGUUCGUGCUGCCUCUGGGAACACAGUCGACAGUCCCUCAUAGAAACGGCCUUCCUGGGAUCGAGAAACAACCUAAAGAGAGUGGACACAAUAUGGAAAGUUUGCCAGGGCACAAGUAACAAGCUCACCCAGUUGGGCACUUUUGAAGACCACUUUCUGAGCCUCCAGAGGAUGUUCAAUAACUGUGAGGUGGUCCUGGGGAACUUGGAAAUUACCUACAUGCAAAGGAAUUAUGACCUUUCCUUCUUAAAGACUAUCCAGGAGGUUGCCGGCUAUGUACUCAUUGCCCUCAAUACAGUGGAGAAAAUUCCUUUGGAAAACCUGCAGAUCAUCAGGGGAAAUGUGCUCUAUGAAAACACCCAUGCCUUAUCAGUCUUAUCCAACUAUGGUGUCAACAAAACUGGACUGCGAGAGCUGCCCCUGAGGAGCUUACAGGAAAUCCUGCAAGGUGCUGUACGCUUCAGCAACAACCCGGUCCUCUGCAGUGUGGACACCAUCCAGUGGAGGGACAUCGUCAACAGUGACUUCCUGGGCAACAUGUCGAUGGACUUUCAGAACCCACUGGGCAGCUGCCAAAAGUGUGAUCCAGGCUGCCCCAAUGGAAGCUGCUGGGGUGCUGGGAAGGAGAACUGCCAGAAACUGACCAAGCUCAUCUGUGCCCAGCAGUGUUCAGGGCGCUGCCGCGGCAAGUCCCCCAGCGAUUGCUGUCACAACCAGUGUGCCGCGGGCUGCGCAGGGCCCCGGGAGAGCGACUGCCUGGUCUGCCGCAGGUUCCGCGAUGAAGCCACGUGCAAGGACACCUGCCCACCGCUCAUGCUGUACAACCCCACCACGUACCAGAUGGACGUGAACCCAGAGGGAAAGUACAGCUUCGGUGCCACCUGUGUGAAGAAAUGCCCCCGUAACUACGUGGUGACAGACCAUGGCUCCUGCGUCCGCGCCUGCAGUUCCGACAGCUACGAGGUGGAGGAGGAGGGUGUCCGCAAAUGUAAAAAGUGUGAAGGGCCUUGUCGCAAAGUUUGUAAUGGAAUAGGAAUUGGUGAAUUUAAAGACACACUUUCCAUAAAUGCUACAAAUAUUAAGCACUUCAAAAAUUGCACCUCAAUCAGUGGAGAUCUUCAUAUCCUGCCGGUGGCAUUUAGGGGGGAUUCCUUCACACGUACUCCACCUCUGGAUCCAAAGGAACUGGAUAUCCUAAAAACUGUGAAGGAGAUCACAGGGUUCUUGCUGAUUCAGGCCUGGCCAGAAAACAGGACUGACCUCCAUGCAUUUGAGAACCUAGAGGUCAUACGUGGAAGAACAAAGCAACAUGGCCAGUUUUCUCUCGCAGUUGUCGGCCUGGACAUAAAGUCCUUGGGAUUACGUUCCCUCAAGGAGAUAAGUGAUGGCGAUGUGAUAAUUUCAGGAAAUCAAAACUUGUGCUAUGCAAACACAAUAAACUGGAAAAAAUUAUUUGGGACAUCAAGUCAGAAAACCAAAAUUAUAAACAACAAAGGUGAAAAAGACUGCAAGGCUGUAGGCCACAUCUGUAACUCGUUAUGCUCAUCAGAGGGCUGCUGGGGCCUGGAGCCUAAGGACUGUGUGUCCUGCCGAAACGUCAGCCGCGGCAGGGAAUGUGUGGAGAAGUGCAAUGUUCUGGAGGGUGAGCCAAGGGAGUUUGUGGAGAAUUCCGAGUGCAUACAGUGCCAUCCAGAAUGCCUGCCCCAGACCAUGAAUAUAACCUGCACAGGACACGGACCAGACAGCUGUGUAAAGUGUGCCCACUACAUCGAUGGCCCACACUGCGUCAAGACCUGCCCCGCUGGAGUCAUGGGGGAAAACAAUACCCUGGUCUGGAAGUUUGCAGAUGCCAAUCACGUGUGCCGUCUGUGCCAUUCAAACUGUACCUACGGCUGUGCUGGGCCAGGUCUUGAAGGCUGUGCAACGAAUGGGCCCAGGAUCCCCUCCAUCGCCACCGGGAUUGUGGGCGGCCUCCUGCUGGCUGUGGUGGUAGCCCUUGGGGUGGGCCUCUUCCUGCGUAGGCGCCACAUUGUCCGCAAGCGCACGCUGCGAAGGCUGCUGCAGGAAAGGGAGCUCGUUGAGCCUCUAACGCCCAGCGGAGAAGCGCCCAACCAGGCUCUCUUGAGGAUCUUAAAGGAAACGGAAUUCAAGAAGAUCAAGGUGCUGGGCUCCGGAGCAUUCGGCACAGUGUACAAGGGACUCUGGAUCCCAGAAGGCGAGAAGGUUAAAAUUCCUGUGGCUAUCAAGGAAUUAAGAGAAGCCACGUCUCCAAAAGCCAACAAGGAAAUUCUUGAUGAAGCCUACGUGAUGGCCAGUGUGGACAAUCCUCAUGUGUGCCGCCUCCUGGGCAUCUGCCUGACUUCCACUGUGCAGCUCAUCACACAACUCAUGCCCUUCGGCUGCCUCCUGGACUAUGUCCGCGAGCACAAGGACAACGUUGGCUCCCAGUACCUGCUCAACUGGUGUGUGCAGAUUGCAAAGGGCAUGAACUACCUGGAGGACCGGCGCCUGGUGCACCGGGACCUUGCAGCCAGAAACGUCCUGGUGAAGACGCCACAGCAUGUCAAGAUCACAGAUUUUGGGCUCGCCAAGCUGCUCGGUGCUGAGGAGAAAGAAUACCAUGCAGAAGGAGGAAAAGUGCCUAUCAAGUGGAUGGCUUUGGAAUCAAUUUUACACAGAAUUUAUACUCACCAAAGUGAUGUCUGGAGCUAUGGAGUCACCGUCUGGGAGCUGAUGACCUUUGGGUCCAAGCCUUAUGACGGAAUCCCUGCAAGUGAGAUCUCGGCCAUCCUGGAGAAAGGAGAGCGCCUCCCACAGCCACCCAUCUGCACCAUCGACGUCUACAUGAUCAUGGUCAAGUGCUGGAUGAUAGAUGCAGACAGCCGCCCAAAGUUCCGUGAGUUGAUCAUUGAAUUCUCCAAAAUGGCCCGAGACCCCCAGCGCUACCUAGUCAUACAGGGGGAUGAGAGAAUGCAUCUGCCGAGCCCUACGGACUCCAAUUUCUACCGCGCGCUGAUGGAUGAAGAGGACAUGGAGGACGUGGUGGAUGCUGACGAGUACCUCAUCCCCCAGCAGGCCUUCUUCCACAGCCCCUCCACAUCCCGGACGCCCCUCCUAAGUUCUCUGAGUGCCACCAGCAACAGCCCCACUGUGGCUUGCAUUGACAGAAAUGGGCAGAGCUGUGCCCUCAAGGAAGACAGCUUCUUGCAGCGUUACAGCUCAGACCCCACGGGCACCCUGACUGAGGACAACAUCGAUGACGCUUUCUUCCCAGCCCCCGAAUACAUAAACCAGUCUGUUCCCAAAAGGCCUGCAGGUUCUGUCCAGAACCCCGUGUAUCACAAUCAGCCUCUAAAUCCAGUUCCUGGCAGAGACCCUCACUACCAGAAUCCCCACAGCAAUGCGGUGGACAACCCUGAGUAUCUCAACACCACCCUCCCAGCCGGCAUCAGCAGGGUGCCCGAUGGCCUGGCUCAGAAAGGCACCCACCAGGUCAACCUGGACAACCCUGACUACCAGCAGGACUUCAUUCCCAAGGAAGCCACAUUGAACGGCAUCUUCAAGGGUCCUGCAGUUGGAAACGCAGACUACCUGCGGGUAGCGCUGCCGAGCAGUGAAUUUACUGGAGCGUGACCACGGAGGUCAGCAUCAGCCAUAAGAACCCAGACUUCUCAGCCCCCAGAACCAAGCCGCGGCAGCCACUCCAGUCCUGAGAGCCAAGCCCACAUUAACUUGGGCCGUUGCCUGGUUCGGCCAUAUCUGCUGUGAUGGGCCCAGCUCUCACCCAGGAAUUGCCCCCUCCAGACACACUUUGGAUGUUGCCAGUACAUUCCUUCAUCUUCAAACUGUGAGGCUUCCACAAAAAGACACCCAACAAGAAUAUUGUUCAUUUGGGCAGAUGUUCACCUUUCAAUGAGAUAUAUUUGAAAAAAACUAAAUAUAUGUAAGGAGUUUUAUUGCUUGGGGAACUUUGGGGCUAUUAAUUGUCAUUACUGAUAUUGUUCUUAAUGGGUUUUUCCAAUGAGGAAGAAGCUUGCGCAUAGCACUUGCUGUACUGAGUUGAUCCAGGCCCAACUGUGACCAAGAAGUGAGGGCCAGAGUCGUCCAGCGAACACACGAUUCACUGACUGCUUCAAGGCUCUUCCAUCGCAAGACAAUUAAACAAACAAGAAGCCCUCCAUGUCCUGAGCAGGCCUGGGUGGUACUGUAUCAGACCAUAGCCGGUACAAGAGGAUAAAGCCACUUUGAACCUUCCUGGGCAAAGAAGAAACAGAAAGGAUAGAAUUCUUCCUCAGACUUACUUUAUAUAAAUGUCUUCCAUGGUACUUACUCUCCAUUGGUUGACCAGUGUUUUCUAAUUAUAAGUAUUAGCAUUACUUGUUUAUUUUCCAUUCCACUGUUUUGAAACUCAGUUUGCUUUCCCUGUGAGCAAGAGGAGAUGGUACAUCGACUAUAACCAAGAUCAUCAUCAGCAUUCAGACCACUGGCUUUUAAUUAAGGUGCAAAAAUUCACACGAGAACAUGUCCCCCAAAUGUGAGACUCAAAGGAAAUACAUCAAGUCGUUUGGGAGUCGGGGAGCAGGCCUAGAUCAGGAGGCUGCAAAAAUGGAGCUGUUCUUAAUACUCACUUAGACUCCCCACCCCCCCAGAAAAUUAGUUUUCUCUUUGAAAAUUAUCAUCUCUUUGAGGAUAAUAUUCUUUUUAUUUCACUUUAAAUAUGUUCUACUCAGAGGGUACUUUUUCCCUCCCUGGUAAGCUGCCAACCCCUCUUCACCCUCUGUGAGUAAAAGGGUGCAGGCUAUGGGGCAGCUCUGCUGGAGCUCCCAGCCCUCGUCCCUGUGGGCGCAUGGUACAGGUGGGAAUAGAGGUAACAUUAUAUAGAGGGUGGAAUUCAGGUGGUAAUAUGAAAUGAGAGUUUGAAAUUGAUGAUUAUGCCUUCACAAUAUCUGUAGGUGUUUUGGAAGCAGAAAAUUCACCCUUAAAAUACUUUCCUUAUAAUUGGAGGCUCCAGCUCAUGAGGACUCCAGUGUUUUUCUAAUUUGUGUGUCCCUGCGUCCUGACUGGUUGAUGGCAGUCCUUUGUAAACAGUGUUCUAAGUACUCUUAGUCAAUACCCAGUUUGUCAAGGAAGAAAUGUUUCAGACAAUAUUUUCAGCCUAUAAACAUGUUCAGCCACAUACACAUACAAAAUUUUCCUUUCACUUUUAAAAAUUCUUUAUUGACUCUCAGAUGGAUCAGGGCUCUACAGUUUUGUUACCAAAAUAUUGGUUUUAUCCCUAUGGAAAUAUGGACUAUAUUUAGUUCAAUUCUGUAUGUUUUCAGUAUGCUUAAGCACCUAUAGCCCCAGCAUAGGUACUGAAGAUACAAAAAUAAAUAAAAAGUAGCCCAUGAGUCCAAAAAAGUCACAGUUUAGCCAAGGAAAUUGACUCAUAAAUACUAACCUUUAAACAGAAUGACAGAUGCUAGACAAGACAUGCCAGCCAACACAGAGUGGGGAGGAAAGGUUCUGCCUGGGAGGCCUGGAAGGCCCGUCCAGCAGGCAGCAGUGGGGCUGGGCCAAAAGAUGGCCAGGGCCUUGGCCACAGGGAAGGGAAAAGUGCAUUCCCAGCAGAGGGGACCCCAAGCAAGAAAGCGUCUCCCAGAGGAACCACUAGUAGGGUCAGCCUAAGGGCCCCUCUAAGCCUGGCAUUUCACCUGCCGCUUUCCCCAAGUGUGUAAGAAAAUUCAACAAUUCUAAGACUCUAAAAUGUCACUAAACCACUUUCACUAUAUAUUCACCUCAGAACUUGGAAAACAGCACAGCACUGGGAAAUAGAUCCAUCUAGAAACAGCUUGGUGAGAGGGACCAACUGUAUGCCAAAUUGUAGCAGUUAAAUCCUAGUAUUUUUGUAAUUUGAAAUAUUUUACUAUAACAUAAUAAAUAGCAAAAACUAUUUAA